GGGGGGCGGCGGCUGCAUUUUAGCGGCGGCCCCUCUUUUCCCCAGAAUGUAGUCUGCUGACCCAUUAGUGAAGGUGGUCGUCCCAGAAGUGCGGGGGGGUGGGGGUGGGGUCAUCCGCCUGCGGGCGGCGGGAGGCGGCAGGCGGCAGGGUGGUCUGCGGCCGCUUACCUGGUACUCGAUCUCCAGCGUGGCCUUGACGGGCAUGGGCUGAUAGAAGCACUCCUUCAGGCCAGCGGGAAGGGUGAUGGUGAAGUCGCUGUCCAGCGAAGGCGAAAAGCCCGACACAGAGGGAGGCGGCAGCGCCACCGCGGCCCAGAUUAGAGAUAAGGGUAUCCAGACCCCAGGCUCGUCCAUCUCGACCGGAAUGGUCAGUAACUGGACAGAUUCGGGACCUUCGGGCUACUUGCGGCGGUGUCCGUCUUCUGUUCACUGCAGGGUCCCGAUGUCCGUCCAGAGGUCGCCUCCUGCCCCCGCUUCGAAGACCCCACCCGCCCCGCUGCAGGUUUCAGCCCUAGACCUAGCAGUUCCUCUCACCGAAGGCCGCGCCCCGUCCGCACUUGGGUGGGGAAUAGAAGGCGGAGCCACCGCCCCUUUCUACUGGGAGCCCAAUAUCUUUUCGCCGCCGCCGCCGCCGCCUCCUCAGUCGCCUCCAGCCAAAGCCAACUGGUGAGUAAAAAAGAACACGGACUUUCUCUAAGUUACGCCCCUUUGAAAGGGACUUUUUAAGAAAGUUCCCCCUUCCGCCGCCAUCCUCUUCGGAGAAUUGUGGGAAAUGUAGUUCCUGGGGUCGCUGAAAGACGCAACUUGGUCGCGCUCCAUGGACUACAAUACCCGAAAGGCCACAGACGCCUAAGGGCAUCCCGGUCGUUUUUUGCGCUUGCGCGGGAAUAGGAGCGUCGGGAAGGGGGUGUUUUUAACGGCUUUCGCGGCUGUUACAAACCAGAGAGGUGAUCUUGGAGGCAUGCUCUUUAUGCUGUACCUCCAACCUUUUCUCCUGGGGGCCUGAUAGAGAGGCCUUAGGCCGUGGCAGCUGUGGACCAGAAGAGAAACGGAGGUGUUGGAUGCGACAGGGUUUGGUUCUGUCACCAAAUACUGCUCCGGUGGUGGGAUUUGUUCUGGUCCAGGAGAGACUGAAGUCUGGAGGCGGGCCGAAGGAGAGCGGCUAGUCCGGCUCGCUACUGCAGCACUCUGUCAACUAGAAAGAAACCAUGAACUCCAGUUGCCAUCGGUUUGUCACCGCCCUAGGGUGGUCGGAUUCCGAUAGGAUUAGCGGGGUUGGCUCCCUUUCCCCGCGAAAAGGGAGAAACCAGAUUCUCUCCCUUUUCUCGUCAAGACCAAUCUUUGGACCUGGUUCAGAUCUUAAUUGGAGAUUGAAGGAGAAUUUCCCAUCUCCUUCUUCCCCAACUCUUAGCAGCUUCCAUCCGAGAACUGCUUUAAGCCAAGUGGACCCAGCUUCACUGGAAUACUAUAAAAAAGAAAAUGAAGAAGAAAAUCUGUUAGCAAAUGUUACUUCAUUAAGAAAUGAAUUGAACAGAACAGAAUGGAGUUUGCAGAAUUUAGGAGAAGAGCUUUCUAUUCCAGCUGACAAUUCUGAGAGUAGCAUCCAUCUAACAAGGUUUGAGAGACUCUCAGUGGAUGAUCUUGUUCAACCUCUCUACUCUGGACCUGGACCUCAUAAAACUGUUGGUAAAAUAACUUACAGCAAUAGUGAUCUCCAAAGAAAAUCAAGAGACAAGUCUUAUGUUGCAUCUUCUGUCACUAACCCAAGUGUGGAUCAGGAAAAUAGAGGCCUUCGGGAGAAACUGAAUAAACUUCGGCAACAUAAUGCUUCUUUGAUCUCUCAGAAUCAUGCCUUAAUGAACAAAAUAGAAUCUCUUAAUUUUGAGCUGACACAAUCAAGAACAAAAAUCUGUGUUCUUGAAGCUACUCAGUCACAGAAUUUUAGCAUCCCAAUUUUGGAAGAACAAAUUAUAAAUUUGGAAGCAGAGGUUUCAGCCCAAGAUCAAGUUUUGAGGGAAGCAGAAGAUAAAUUAGAACAGAGCCAGAAAACAGUGAUUGAAAAGGAACAAAGUUUACAGAAGACUAAAGAGGAAUGUUCAAAACUGAAAUUGGACUUGCUUGAACAGAACAAACAAGGAAAGAGAGUUGAACAACAAAGAAAUGAAGCAAUGCAUAAUGCUGAAGGAUUGAGCAAAGCUUUCAAACAGUAUAAAGAAAAAGUAGCAGAAAAGUUGGAAAGGGUUCAAGCUGAAGAAGCACUAUUAGAGAAAAAUCUAGUCAACUGUGAAAAAGAAAAUAAAAGGCUCCAGGAAAAAUGUGUUAUGUACAGGGGGGAACUGGAAUCCAUGAAAGAAAAGCUGAGGGAAUUAAAGGAUGAAAAUAAUAAUGGAAAAGAAAGAAUAAGGGGUAUGAUUUUGAAAAACUCUGAGAUCAUGUCACAACUAAGUGAGUCUAAACAAAACAUCCUAAAGUUAGAGAGUGCAUUAGAGGACAAAGAAGAAAUUCUUAGAGAAAAACUUGCUCUAGUGAAUGAGAACAGAGAAUUAAAAGCUCUUAUUGCAAAACAAAAUGAGCGACUCAUUUUGUGUCAGAGAGAAAUUGAAGAUUCAAGGCAAGAACUAAGCAGUUUGGAGAUAAUUAUUUCCCAGUUGCCAUUUAACAGAGAAAUGCUUAAUUCUAAGACAUGUAUCUGUAAGCAGCAAGAAGAAAUGUUCUCAACCAAGGAAGAAUUCUGUGUUUCUUGCUGUGAGCUAAAUAAAUCAGUGAUUUCAAACCUUAGGAUUAAGCUUGCAAUGAAAGAGGCAGAAAUUAAUAAACUUCAAACAAGCCUGUCUACCUGUCAGUUUUCUGGUCAUUUUUUUGGUGAUGAUGAGAUGCAGGAAUGUGGGAAAUUAAGUGGCUUAGAAACAGAACCUGUAAAAUUAAGUGGAAAUCAAGCAACAGACCAUAUCCAAUGCCAGAAGCUACAUACGGUGAGCAAGCAUUUUGAGAGAGAAAAGCAGAGGCUUGCUGCUGGCAUAGAAGAGUUACGUGCCAAGUUGGCAAAAACAGAAUCUGAGAAUUCUGAAUUAAAGGCUGACAUGGCUCACAGGACCAGUCAAUUUCAAGUGAUACAAGAAGAAUUAUUGGAGAAAGUAACCAGCUUUAGCAAAAUGGAAUCUGAAAUGACAAGAAAAUGUUCUCAGAUUCUCACCCUAGAGAAACAACUAGAAGAAAAGACAAUUGCUUAUUCUUCAGUUGCUGCAAAAAAUUCUGAACUGGAACAGGAACUUGUGGAAAAAAAUGAAAAGAUACAGAGUUUGGAAUCAGAUAUGAAUUCAAAACAUGAGAAAAUUUGUUUAGCCUUUGAAAAGGCAAAGAAAAUUCAUUUUGAACAGCACAAAGAAAUGGAACAUCAGAUUGAACUAUUUCAAAUUCAGCUAGAAAAGAAAGACCAACAAUUUAAAGAACAGGAGAAGACUGUGUCAAUUUUGCAACAGGAUAUAGUAUGUAAGCAACAUCAUGUUGAAUCACUGGAUAGACUCUUGCUGGAAAAAAGAGGGGAAAUGGAGAAACAAAAUAUCAAGAAAGAUGAAUCUUUGAAAAUGCUACAGAACCAAGUAUCUGAGGAAGCAAUGAAAGUUAGACAGUUAGAGUCAGCCCUGGAUAUUUGUAAAGAAGAACUUGCUGUGCAUUUGAACCAACUGGAAGGAAACAAGGAAAAGUUUGAAAAACAAAUAAAGAAGAAAUCCGAAGAGGUGUAUUGCUUGCAGAAAGAGCUAAAAUUAAAAACUCACAGCCUUCAAGAGACUGCCAAACAAAAUGUUAUCUUGCAGCACACUUUGCAACAACAGCAGCAGAUGUUACAAGAUGAGACCCUAAGAAAUGGAGAGUUAGAAGAUGUUCAAGCUAAGCUUGAAAAACAGGUAUCAAAACUGGAACAAGAACUUGAAAAACAAAAAGAAAUUUCUACAGAAAAGUUGAGAAAAAUGGAGGAGAAACUCGACUUAGCCUCUCGUGAAGCAGAUUCAAAAAGACAGAAAGUUAUUGAGCUUACUAGCACUGCCAGGCACAUAAAAUUAGAGAUGGAUCAGUGCAAGGAUGAGUUGAUCCAAAUGGAGAAAGAAAUACUUCACCUAAGGCGGGAUGGAGAUAAUAAAGCAGUCCAGUUAAAUCAUUUAGAUAUGACCUUAGAACAAACACAGACAGAACUAGAUAAAAAAGUGAAAGCUGUGAAAGAGUUAGAAAAACUACAGCAUCAAUAUCAAAAAGAUCUAAAGGAAGCCUUGCAGAAACGAGAAGAGCUAGAGUCUGAACUACAAAAUGCUCACAUUGAAUUGAAAAAUACUUUAAAACAGCUACAAGAAUUGCGAGGUGUACUACAGAAUGCUCAAAUAUCUCUAGAGGAAAAAUAUUCCACUAUAAAGGAUCUCACAGCUGAACUCAGGGAGUGCAAGCUUGAUAUUGAGGACAAAAAGCAAGAACUUCUUAGCAUGGACCAGGCACUGAAAGACAGAAAUUGGGAACUGAAGCAAAGAGCAGCUCAAGUUUCACAGUUGGAUGUUACUAUUCGCGAACAUAGGGGAGAAAUGGAACAAAAAAUAAUUAAAUUAGAAAGUAGUUUGGAGAAAACAAAACUAGAACUUAAAGAAUCUAAUAAACAGAAAGAAGUUUUAGAAGAAGAUUUACAUAUUAGUAAAGACCAGCUUCGUGAAAAAGAAUUUGAAAUACUACAAAAUGAACAGGAGAUUAGUCAACUGAAAAAGGAAACAGAAAGAAAACAACAGAAAAUAUCAGAGAUUGAAAAUAUUGUGAAAGAGCAGGAACAAUGUAUUGCAGCCCAAUACAAAGAAGCGUUGGAUUUAGGGAAGCAGGUGAGAUUGGCAGAGGAGCAGAUACAGCAAACUCAGCAGGAGCUGUUGGAGACUCGCCGGCAGCAAAUCCAAGCACAGAGAGAAACUGAAAGACUUGCAAAUGAGCUAGAAGAAACAAAACAUCUUUCUAGAGAGAAGGAAGUACAUGCAAACCAUUUGGCUGAAGAACUGGGAGCUUCACAAGUACGUGAAACUCAAAUGGAAGCUAGACUACAAACAGAAGUGAAGAAACUGUUAUCAGAAAUAGAAUCACUGAAAGAAGUUUAUCAUCUAGAGAUGCUUACACAUCGAGAGAAUCGAACAAAGUGGAAGGUAUCCUCAGAUAGCCAGAAGUCUUCAGUUCAUCAACUAAAUAUUCAAUUAGAGAAGGCAAAACAGGAAUUAGAAGAGACUCAGGAUACUUUAAGCAAUCUUCAUAAACAAGUGCAGGAUAAGAACGAAGUGAUUCAAGCUGCUAACGAAGCAUUGCUUGUUAAAGAAUCUGAGGUAACUAGAUUGCAAGCCAAACUUUCUGGACGUGAAAGGAGUGAAGGCCUUAAGCAUCUACCAGCCUCCUUUUUGUCUCCUACUGAAAUUAUGUAUAAUAUUCAAGAUGCGAGGGUUUUCAAACAUCCUCAUCCAUCACUUUACAAAUCUAGGAAAUUACGGCGCUCUAUUAGCGCCAGUGACCUAAGUUUUAAGACUAUUGACAAUGAAGAUCUUUCUGAAGAGCUCAUAGACGACCUAAAACAAGCACUCAUUCAAAAUCCUUUGCCAACAGAAGAAAAUAAAAAAGAUGCACUUUAUACUCCAUCAGACUUACUUGUCUCACUGACAUAUGAUGCAGAUGAAGAUGAAGCUUCUCAGAGUAAUGACUUCAGUACCCUUAGUGGAAUGCUAAAAUACAUAAACAAAGAAGUGAAACUGUCAAAAAGGUCUUCUGUAUCAGCAUUUGGUACAAAUCAGUUCCACAGGGGAAGAGUUAAGAAGAUGGCAAAAAGCCAGAGACACAGAAGAGAAAUGGAAGGGUGAAGCACACAGAGAGGGAAAGACAGAAAGGCCCAGUAGGUUCUGAGGUGAAUUGUAGUGAAUAGAGGUAAUUGCCCUCAUCAAUACCUUGUUUAUACAGUUGGGCUAUGGGCAUCAGAAUAAAUUAUUGGUUGUCACUGA